AACUGUUACGCCAUUUUCUCCUUUAUUUGAAUAAAUUAUAAAUAUAGCCACCACUCAACGAAUUACUUAAUUUACGUUUGGUUGCUUAGUUUCAGUACUGGAGAGUGGUUUCCUCCAUGGUGCAAAGGACGGUUCUCAAGGUUAUUAUUUCAUGUCAAAAAUGCAAGAGGGAGCUCCUCAAAGCAGUUGCUGCACUUCCAGGUUUAGAUAAAAUUGAAGUUGAUGAAGCUAAGGGGACGUUGACAGUAACAGGCAGUGCAGAUCCAUAUGAUAUUAUAACUCGAACCAAAAAAACAGGAAAAUUUGUAAAGGUUGAGAGCAUAGGGCCUCCUCCUGCUCCACCGAAACAACCAGAGAAGAAGCCUGAGGAGAAGAAGAAGCCUGAGGAGAAGAAGAACCCAGAGAAGGCUGAAGACAAGGUCCCUGUUGUUCACUACCCUCCAUAUUACUUCUAUCCUCUUUGUGAGGGAAUGCCCGUUGUUCAUGUGGAUCCCUAUCCGGAGCCUGCCUUUGGAUGCUCCAUUCUGUGACUACUUCUAUAUUAUUACGUUACUAGAAUAUUAUAUAUAUCUUGUCUUAAUCAUAUGAUAAUAUAUUAUUUGAAUAUCAAUCUAGUACUAAAAAAUAAGAGACUCAUAGUCUUGUCGGAUGCA